AUGAAGGGUUAUGAGCCCCGUUCAAGCUCUUCAUGUGCAGCUUGCAAGUUAUUGAAGAGAAGAUGCGUACCCAAUUGUAUUUUUGCACCUUACUUUAGGUCUGAUGAGUGUAAGAAGUUUGCCAAGGUGCACAAGGUAUUUGGAGCCAGCAAUGUGAGCAAGAUCUUGAUUGAAGUGUCGGAAGAGCAGAGAGAGGACACGGUGAAUUCUCUGGCAUAUGAGGCCGAGGCAAGGCUGAGAGACCCCGUUUAUGGAUGCAUUGGUGCCAUAGCUCUCUUGCAAAGGAAGAUGGUGGAGCUUCAGCAUGAUCUGGCCAUUGCAAAGGAUCGUCUUGCACGUUGUCACGCUGCUGCUACCGUUCUUCCUUCUCCUGAUGUCUUGCAUGCCCAUGUUAGCUUGCCUCCAUUCCCUGACUUUUGCACUUCUUCCAAUGAUUUCAAUGAUAUCUUCUGCCACACUUCACCAUCUCAAUUAUUGAGCCGCCAUGAGACGGUUGAUGAUUUCAAUCAAAUCCCAUAUAUAUUCUAA